AUGUUCCCAAAAUUUAGGGGUGUCCCGGAACACCCUUAAAGCACCAUGUAUCCGCCACCGGUGAAAGCACGUUGGAUGGUGGUUGUUAAUGUUUCAAUGUUAAUGUGCAUGGAAUAGAUUGGGAUGGAAGAGGGGAAAGAUUUUCAGUGGUUGGCUGAUAGAACGUCGAGUUAGCGACCGAGUGACUAGUGUAUCUAAAGUCUAAACUAAUUAGGGAUGGCAAUGUGUCGGGUUGGGGUUUGCCCAAACCCAUGGGUUUAUCCGUAAAAAAAAUUCGGGAUAAAAUUCACUGGGUUUGGAAAACUCAAACCCAACCCGCUGGAUAUCCGCGGGUUCGUGGGUACCCAUGAGUUUUUGUGGUAAAAAAUUUACAAUAACAAGUUCCUAUCAAAAUAAAAUUCAAACAUCAAUUUUCUCAUACAAUUAUAAAACACCACUCUAGAAAAUUCAUACAAAUCACAAUUACACUAAAUAAAAGCACACGGAAUAAGUGUAGUGAGAGUUAGAUUGAGGGAAAUUAGAAUUAUGAUAGGAUUUGGGGAGAGCAGAGCGACGAAAUAAGUGUGCGUGAGUAUCUAUGGGUCGGAUAUCUUUUAAUCCAAACCCGAUGAAUAGUAUACGGAUUUAAACUCGAACUCAACCCGAAACCCAUCAACACGAGUUGGGUCGGAUAGAAUACCCAUGAUUUUUGUUGUCUUGCUGCUGUCAACAAUGAUUCUGUUAUUCAUUCCUUGCUCGUCUUUGUCCUUGUUCCACAUUGAAGGUGAAGCAAGCAUGAGCCUUUCCAAGGGAAGUGUUUUUUCUCUUCUCAUCCCCUAUUAGUUUCGUGUCUUUUUUCUUUUCAAGUUUUUAGAUCUAUACCCUGUGGCAAAGAAGAGUUCUUUCAUCAUAAAUUCAGUUGCAUACAAACUAUCGUGAUUACACUUUAUGACUUCUGUAUGUUCGAUUUCGCAAGAAGAAGAGGAAAAACAUAAUGUUACAUGAUUUUCACCCGUAAAUCAAAAAGCUAUUAUCCAAUUCCGAGGGCUCAAACUUUAACAAUAGAGGGAUGAUUGGGAAUAAAUCCCAAAAUACACUAGUAAUUAAUUUUUUUUCCAAAAUACGUAUGAUGACUCGAUAUUUGCACAUGUUUUCCCCUUUGUUUCUUGAUCGUUUAAGCUUGUAUUAUCGCUUCUUUGGCCUAUUUUACGCUAGGUUGUGUUCAUUUGUCACAUUUCAGGUCCUAGCACAUAAAGUGAAGCGUAGGCGCAAGUUUCAAGUCAGUCGGAGAUCAAUUGGCGACUCGGGGGAAGAAACUAGGGUAUGACUUGAAGAAGAAUGGAUUUCUAACUCAGUUUGUGACCAUAGAAUCAUGUAAUAUUGUCAUGAAAAUAAAAUGGACGAGACUACGAGCGUCUGGGAUCAAACGGCACCUGAUUUGGAGUCCGAACGAGGGAGAAACAAAGAAUCAAAGAUAGGGGACCCGAACUGCGAAAUACCCGACCGAAAUACCCGACUGGGUAUUUUGGCCAUCUGAUAGGGUAUUUUUGGCAGCAUCAAAAGGUCCCCCGGUCGUGAACCAAAAAUACCCGGCCGGGUACCCAAAAUACCCGACCGGGUCGCGAACGCAGGCUGUUAAAAGUCUGUUUUGUGCGUUUUUUGAGGAGGAGAGCUGGGUUUUGGAUCCCAAACACCCAAGGGACGAACCAAAGAGAGAGAGGAAGAUUUGAGGGAAUUCUGGGAGUUGAAUUGGGGGAUUUCUUCGCCUUGGAAGCUCGAGGAACAAGCCCGGACUUUCAGACGGAUCAUCUGAAGAUUCUUACUGCAGUCUCUCUCUUCUCUAUGGAGUAACUUCCCUUCACUUAGGUUUUGAGGAACCCUAGCUAUGUUUGUUUGAUUGGAUGAUUGUAUGAGUACUCCUACUUGAUAAUCUUGAAUUCAUAUUCAAUCUAUGCUUUUUUCAUGAUUCAAUUCUACUUUAGUCGAGAUUAUUGAUUCUGCUUUGAUCCUAUGAGAGCGAAUACCUGAUUAGGUCAAUAGAGCACCAUAGAUUGAUAGUAUUGGAUCAAUUGCUUUAGUCGAGGGUCGAUUCCCUGCUUUGUAUCAAUUGAGAACCUCAUUCGAUAGAGGGAGUCUAGUUCAGAACGCCUUUAUCUGUUGUUCUAGAGAAGGAUACGUCCAUCUAGGCAAUCGACUCAAGAGGGCCUUGAUCCUUUAGUCAAGAUUCAAGGUCUAGUGAAGGUUUCUCCGCAUUGUGAAUUAAAGUGAAACAGGUUAGAAAUCAUCAAUCAUUAAUCUGGCUAGUGGCUAGGGGGAAUCAUACCUAAGUGAGUUCCCAAUCUGUAAUUAGAUUAACUAUAACUGUAGUUUGCUAGAGUCGCUUUAGUUCUUCCAUCUUAAUCUGGUUUGCUAGAUAAUGAAUUGAAGCUGAGUAAUAGUAACUCUAGAGACCCGUGGAUUCGAUAUUUAUUACUUGAGCCACUAUACUGCAGUCCCUUUCAUUGGUUACACUUGGCCAUUGUUAGGAGUUGUGUCAUAGAUUGAUAGUAUUGGAUCCUAUGAGAGCGAAUACCUUAUUAGGUCAAUAGAGCACCAUAGAUUGAUAGUAUUGGAUCGAUUGCUUUAGUCGAGGGUCGAUUCACUGCUUUGUAUCGAUUAUGAACCUCAUUCGAUAGAGAGAGUCUAGUUCAGAACGCCUUGAUCGGUUGUUCUAGAGAAGGAUACGUCCAUCUAGGCAAUCGACUCAAGAGGGCCUUGAUCCUUUAGUCGAGAUUCAAGGUCUAGUCAAGGAUUCUCCGCAUUGUGAACGAAAGUGAAACAGGUUAGAAAUCAUCAAUCAUUAAUCUGGCUAGUGGCGAGGGGGAGUCAUACCUAAGUGAGUUCCCAAUCUAUAAUUAGAUUAAAUUUAACUGUAGUUUGCUAGAGUAGUUUUAGUUCUUCCAUCUUAAUCUGGUUUGCUAGAUAAUGAACUGAAGCUGAGUAAUAGUAACUCUAGAGACCCGUGGAUUCGAUAUUUAUUACUUGAGCCACUAUACUGCAGUCCCUUUCAUUGGUUACACUUGGCCAUUGUUAGGAGUUGUGUCAUAGCGAGUCAAGUUUUUGGCGCCGUUGCCGGGGACUUUCUAGAUUAUUAGGAAAGGCAGAAGUUUGUUACUUUAGCGUUUUUCUUUUCUUUUCCACCCUUGCUUUUCACUUGGGUGUUUUUGUUUUUGUUGGUGCAGAUCUUAAGAAUGGAUCCUCAUGGCCUCUCCAACCAUUGGGGGUAUCCACCACCAUCCGAGUGGUAUUACCCUGAGACUCCUUGGAGCAAUCAAGGAGGAGAAGACUAUGGAUUCGGGUUCCAGUACCAACCCCCUUACUAAGGAGAACAAUCAGACCCCUGGGCAUAUCAAGAACAAGCUCCUUGUCAAGAAGAAUUUCUCCCACAACCAGAAGGGCCAUCGGAGCUAGAGUUAGCCAUGGCGGCCUUCACGGGCCAUUCUGCAGAGCCAUGCUACACUCCACGGCCAGAUCGAAACUAUGAAUUGAGGCUUCUCAUGGAGAAGUUUGCUCGAGACACUAAGAGAUGCUCCAAGAUGGAUCUUUGUACCCAGGCCUAUCAUGAAAAAGAGGAGAUCCUCCUGAGCAUUAAGAAGAGCCUCGAUGAUCUUGAGAAAUCUUAUGCACAACCUGCUCAAGAUCACCCUUCCGUUACUAUACUAGAAGAGGAGGAGGAAGACGAAGGCUACGAAGACAUUGUGGAGCAUACAGAAGUUGUCACGGAGAGCUCCCGUGAUGAUCAUGAUAAAAAAUGUCUUGUCUUAGCCGACCACACCUUCCCACAUCCCACACUGAGCUUUGAAGAGGCAGGCAUGAGUGAGAGAUGCAAGAUGAUCUCAUCAAAGAAAUUUCUUGGCGACUUUCCCUCCAAUCCUUGCUGGAAGAAGAAGAGCAAGAAAGGGUGCAUAAAGAAGUUGUGGAGGAUGAAGAAAGUGAAGUAGAAGGAGUUGUUGAUCUUUUCCCAGGGGUGAUACUACAUUUUGAAGAAGGAAGGAGGGGUUGAAGAAGCAAUUGGCGUCCAGGCCGAGGAUGAAGUUGAGGUGGAAGAGGCUUGCACCAGCCAUGAGUUACAUGUGAUAUCUCCACCAAACUUCGAGGAACUUCUUAUCAAGGACUCAUUUGUAGUGUCUCUUUUCCAGACCAAGGCCAUAUCGACAUAGGUCCCUCUUGGUGGACGCGAUGGUGGCCAAUCGAUGUUGUCAUAUCUAGUUUCGGGCAAUGAGACAAGAGAAGAGAAGAAGAGGUCUCGAGGGUGGAGACGUCAUCUGCAUCAAGUGCAUGAGCCUUCAUCACCUGCCACACCACAUGCUCGUGACUUGAGACUCCACCUCGUCGACGAGAACCUCAACUUCAAAGAGGUUUUGGGGUGGACCGAAACUUAGGAGCCAUCGUCCGGCUCUUGACGUGAAAGAAACGCUUGUUGGGAGGCAACCCAACCAUUCGGUUUGCAUUUCUUUCCCUAUUUCUCCUUGUCUGAGUUAGUUUUGUUCUUUGAUUUUAGAGUCAAUAACUCAACCUUUGUGAGAUUUUGUGUGGUGUUUGUGUUCCGACUACUCUCUCCUCCUGGAAUACAUCGCCUUCCCCGUUCACCAUCAUUCACACUUGAUCUGGUAACUUUGUUUUACCCUCCCUAUCUAUCCUCCAUUGAGGAAAAUGUCGUGCUUAAGUGUCGGGGGAUGUUCGAUUAUGUAUGCGUGUAAAUGUUUGGUCGUAUGUGUGUGCUUUGAGCCUAGUCCACUGUCCAAAUUUUUAAAUAUGAGGGCUCUUAUUACGUGUUCCUUGCAAUUUCCUGCUCAAUAUGCUUUGAAUUGACAGUCUCUAUAGUAAUAUGCAACCUAGGGAGGUAGUGUAGCACUAUGGAGGAUGUUGAUGCAUUUAAGAAGUUUCCUUCCUUCUUCAUAUUGUGUUGGUUGAUUGUGUGAAUUAGUGAUCCUAGGACCCUUGAAUUGUGUGGUACUGUGGACUCUCUACCUGUCAUGGACUCCUGUUUAAUGUUUUGAAGAAAAGGUGCUAAAAAUGUGCUUUAAAAUAACAUCUCUCGUGCGAAAAGGGCGAAAGUGUGUAAGGGGAGACGAGAAUCCGCUCCCAAUUUCCACCUACUACCUCCAGCCCCCUUACAAUAUUUUCCCCCGCACGAGGCUCGAGACAUCCGCUCCUGACAUGGCCGGUAAGAGCCGGGUUCCCACAAAACCUUUGCUAGGUGGGAACCCCCGUUUUCUGAAAAUCGGGUUGGAACCCUUGAAAAAAAAUGAAAAAAAAGAAAACAAGAAAAAGAAAAAAGGGGUUCCAACCAUCUUUAAAAAGAAAAUAAGAGCACCUUGAAAAAUGUGAGUCCAUGAUCUUUUGUUUUUUAGAGUCCCUUUGUCCACGACUCAUUUGUCCUCUGAUCACUAUUUGCCAUGAUGCCGACUCGAGACUAGCUUUCUCGCCAAAGAAGUUAGGAGAUGACUUGUUUGUCGGUUGACCUCGUAAGCUGCUAAAUGAUCUAGGAAAUCCUCUACCGACGAUUGAGGGUGCAUGUUACUAUAGAGGUCUGGAGAGCUGCAUUGGUUUGAGUUAGGUUUGCUUGGGGACAAGCAAACGGUUAAGUGUAUGUGUGUGUGUGUGUGUGGGGUGGGGGGGGGGUUGAUGACUCGAUAUUUUCACAUGUGGGAGCGAGUGGCCCACUUGAGGCAAAGUUGGACAAGUUGCUUGAGGUUAUGCUUGAAGAUAAGAGACAAGGAAAAAGGGCGUUGAUGUCGUGCGAGUGGUGCUCAAGCACUAGUCAUGAAAUGGCGGAGUGUCAAACAAUGAAGGAUGCAACCAUCC